UUAACAUUAUUUUAACUCCUCAAGGGUGCUGGAAAUAGCAUGAGAAAGCUGAGAAAAGGAUCACGAGGAGCUUCAGUGCACCCUUUGGGUCACAGAAGUUCCCUAAGCGUCUCCAGCUCCUGAGUCCAUAAUCUUUCUGCUCUGCUGGCCCCAGAAAGCACCAUCUGUAACCACAGAUAAAACCCAGCUGCUUGCUGGGUUUUGCCAGGCUAAUUAAGAAGUGCUGUGACCUCCCUAGGGCUAAUUGUGUCCUGUUAGUGGGAUGAAGGUGAGAGAUGUGAUAGAAAAUUGCUGCUAGCACAUGAAUUUCCUGCAGAACGUCCCUUUCCACCAGCACCAGCAUGCAGAACAACUACUCCCUGGCUGUCACCACCAGAGAAACUCUUCAAGCCCUCUCUACAGCACUGACAAACUCGUCGGCUGUGUUACUCUCGCCCCCUCCCUGCCCUCUUACCUCUUCAGAUUAUCAGUUUUCACUGAUUCCAGCACUCUUCUCUGUGGUUUUUGUUGUGGGAUUGAUUGGCAACAGUGUGGUGGUUGGGGUGCUUUGUCGUCACACUAGUCCCAAAACAGUUGCUAAUAUUUACAUUUUCAACCUGGCCAUGGCAGAUCUGCUGUGCCUUGCCACCCUUCCCUUCUGGGCUACCUACUAUGCUCAGGGAUACAACUGGCUCUUUGGGUCUCUCAUGUGCAAGAUCUCCAGUUCUGUCCUGUGCUUGAACAUGUUUGCGAGUAUUUUUUUCAUUACAUGCAUGAGUGUGGACCGGUACCACGCCAUUGUCCAUCCUAUUCACUCCCAAAGAAGGACUCUACAACAAGCUUAUUUUGUAGCAUCGGUUGUGUGGGGCCUUGCCUGUUUGUCCUCCCUCCCAACUUUUUAUUUCCGAGACACUUACUACAUUGAAAGCUUGGGGGUCAAGGCUUGCAUUAUGGCCUUUCCUUAUGAGAAUUAUGCAAAAUGGUCUGUGGCAACAGCCUUCCUGAAAAAUGCCCUUGGCUUCUUCAUCCCCUUGACAGUGAUCACCACCUGCUACAUCUGGAUCAGGAGGCACUUGCUUAAAGCACGGGAGUUUCGGAAAAGAAAGCAGAAGAGGGACAAAGUGCUAAAGCUGGUUGCUGCUGUUGUUGUGGCCUUCUUAAUUUCCUGGCUUCCAUUCCACAUUUUAACCUUUUUGAAUGCCUUGGCUCAUAUGAACAUCAUUAACAGCUGUGACGUGAUAGGGAUCAUUGACACGGCACUGCCCUUUGGCAUCUGCAUGGCAUUUGCCAACAGCUGCAUCAACCCUUUGCUGUACUGCUUCAUUGGGAACCAGUUCCAGCAGAAGCUCCAUCGGUUGUUUAAGAGACGAGUUUAUCAGUUCAACAGCCAUCGAGAAAGCUCCUCUUCAAGGAAGGGCAGCUGCUUCAGAGAAACUGAGACUGCCAUGGGCAGGGAAAGAGAACCUGAGUCCUUCCUGUAGGCUCUGGGGCAUGAUGUAGGACAAUGUCAGUGCAGCUGGUUGUCCCUGCAGUGAUGACAUUCCUCUCCCCUCUUCCCUUUGUUUUGGGCCCAUUCAUUUACCAGCUGCUUGAAGGAGAAUCUGUUUUUAUCAUACAUGAGGAUUUAUUCCUCCUUUCUGCAAUGAGCACUCAACUUUUACAUAGAAGAAAAGUUCAGACAAAUAAAUAUAUUGAUGGUAUUUUAAAUAUCAUCUUUUUGCGUGGCUGGGAACAGGCAAGUGUUAAGUGUGACACUAAAAGACUAAAUAUACCAAAGGACCGUUGCACGACAGCUACAACUGCGUAGGUGCUGAGUAUUAUACCCUAAGCUGAUUUUCUAAAAGAGAUUCUCACUAGAGAAUGUGUAAAUAAAGAAGUUCAGAUAUUUCUGUA